AUGAGGGCAACAGUAGAUCGUUAUUUGUCUCAACCUAGGAGAGAAGAAGAAGGAAUAGAUCUACCUGCUGCCUCUGCUGUUAGUGCCUCUUCCUCUCCUCCUUACUCCCGCAUGUGGGGCAGAGAGGGUCUACCAGAGGACCUCAAUCCUCUUGGCCCUAGAAGCAGCAGCAACAGCAGCAGCAGCAGGAGUAGCAGCAGCAGCAGCAACAGCAGCAGCAGCAGCAACCGGCGGAGGUAUGGACUACGCAACAGUCCUUUCUUGUACUCGCAGAGCCUCUCGCAGGGAGCGCCACAAUACCAAACAGCCGAGGAGGUCGCCGACCCCUCGCUGCCUCCUGUGCAACUUCUAGUGGCUGGAGAUGAGCAUUCUGUAUCUAUACGGCUGUCGGACAUGGGGGGAGGAAUCAGUAACGAGGCGCAGCCAAGGAUAUGGAGUUAUAUGUACACAACAGCCAAGCCUGUAAAGUACGACCCAAUGACUGGGUCUGUGGUGUAUUCGCAGACCCCUAGGCAUCAUGAGCAGCAGCAGCAGCAGCAGCACCAGGGGGGAGUAGGAGGAGCAGCUGAGACGGGUCCACCAUCUCAAUCGGUGACAAUUGGUUCUUUAGACUUCACCACAAAAGAAGAAAGGAGACAAUUCAAUGCCUCCCCGCUUGCCGGGUUUGGCUGUGGGCUGCCGCUCUGCCGCCUCUAUGCGUCCUACUUAGGGGGGAGCCUCUCCGUAAUAUCCAUGCCUGUUCAUGGUACUGACGCGUAUAUACACCUAAGACGUAUUGGAGAUCAGCAAGUGCGCCACACAGACAGACACCAAUACAACAAUAAUCAAGAAUAG